AUGGACUUUUGUUAUGUCUGGAGUAUAUUCGUUUUUAGUUUGAGUCCACGUCAGCAUGUGUGUAAAGCAAGGCUGUUAGUGAGUUACAGCUGUUUUUGGCAAGAAACUCCAUUGAAGAUGGUUGAAGCUUUCUGUGCAAGCACUGGAAUCAAGCCAAUGGAGAUGUUCAGAGAAGGAGGUUCUACAUCUCGACCCCCAAUGCUUGAAGGGGAAAAUUAUCCUUACUGGAAGACCAAAAUGCGUGCAUUCUUGAGAGCUGUAGAUGAACGAGUGUGGAUGGCUGUUGAAGAUGGAUGGAAGUGUCCAACCGUUGUUGAAGAUGAGGUUGUUAAGCCUAAGCAAAUGAGUCUAUGGACUACAGAAGACAUGGAAAGGGCCAAUUUUAAUUCAAAGGCUAUGCAUGCUCUCUUUAAUGCAGUUUCUACAAAUCAGCUGAAAGUCAUAGCCAAUUGUGAAAUUUCCAAAGAAGCUUGGGAGAAACUGAGAAUAAAGAAUGAAGGAACUGAUGAUGUAAAGAAGUCCAGACUGAGGGCUUUGGCAAAAGCAUUUGAAAAUCUGUCUAUGGAGGAGGAAGAAACUCUAGCGGAGUUCCAUGCCAAAUUGUGCGAUAUCUCAAAUGAAUCUUAUGCACUUGGAAAGACUUAUUCAAAUGCAAAACUGGUUCGCAAGGUUCUUGGAGUUCUGCCUCGGAAGUUCAUGUCAAAGGUUACCUAUAUCGAAGAAAUGAGAAAUGUCGAGGAACUUGAUCUUGAUGAGUUAAUUGGGUCACAGCAGAACUAUGAAAUGAGUCUCACUCGGUGGAAGAAAGGCAAGAAGCAGAAAGAUCCUGAAAAAGAAAAAGCUGAUAAUAGUCUUGCAUUUGUGCAUAAAGAGGAAAAGAAGUUGAUCUCAGAUGCAUCUGAGGGUUUCACUGAUGAGACUUUAGCGCUGCUGACCAAGAAUUAUGCAAAGUUCUUGAAGAAGAAUUACAAGAAAAACUUUCCAGGAGGAAAAGAGAAUGGUCUUAGAAGAAACUUUGGUGAAAACAAUAAGCAAACUCAGCAAUUUGGCGACAAGAAAAACAUGGGAAUACAGUGCCGAGAAUGUGACGGAUUUGGACAUAUUCAAGCUGAGUGUGCCAACACUCUUAAGAAGAAGAAAGCCUUAGCAGCUACAUGGAGUGAUAGUGAUGAAGAAAAGAGCUCCACUUCAAGUGACAAGUCUGAUGAAGAGAAACAGGUGGUGGCUUUUGUGGCAAAGAGUCAUCAAUCAAUGUGUUCAGAGGAAGAUGAAAACUCAAGCUCAACAGAUGAGGAUAGCGAUGGGAGACAGCAUGCAUAUGAGGAGAUGUUCGCUCAAUGGGAGUAUAUGGCUAAACAAAUCAAAGGUCUCACUAGUGCCAAACAACAACUUGAAUCUGAGAAGGAUGAGUUGGAGGACACUGUUAAAAAGCUCACAAAACAGCUUGAUGGGAAGGACAGUGAGAUUUACAAACUGACUGCAGAGUUAAUAAGGGCUAGACAAUCUCUUGAGUUUAUCCCUCCAGGAACUGCUGCAAUUAACCACACUUUGCAGUUACAAAAACCUUAUGAAGAUCGAACAUCCAUUGGGUACAAAAUGCUUUACAAGAAAGGGGAGAAUUUAGGAAUUAAUGAUCCCUCUUCGUCCAAGAACAAGGAAGAUAAGACUCCUUAUGACUCUAUGCACAAUACUUUCAGUCCUGGUUUUCCAGAUUCCACUAAACGGAUCAGUGUCUCAUCUGGACCCAUCAAGUUGAAUUUCAAAGGAAGGAAGUCUAUCCUGGGUGGUCAGAUUCACAAAGAAAGAUAUGUUCCCAUUUGUCAUUUUUGUAACAAAAGAGGACAUAUUAGACCCAGAUGCUACAAGUUGCAGGCAUAUUUGAAAGCUAUGAUCGAUCGUCCGAAUAGCUUUACACAAUUGAAUCGAUUUACAGGAAAGUUGUCAUCUAGUGAGUGGAAACCAAAAUCUGAUCUUAACAAGAGUGUUGCAUUAGUUGCCCACACCUCUCUUUCAGCUUUUCAAGAAGACCAAUGGUACUUCGACAGUGGAUGUUCUCGCCAUAUGACCGGCAACAGAAAUGUGUUGGUAAACUAUAAAGAAGGAAAGGAGGGAGCUGUGACUUUUGGUGAUGGGAACAAGGGUCAGAUAUUUGGAAAAGGUGAUCUGGUGCUAAAUGGAGUAGCUCCAUUGACUGAGGUGUUGUACGUCAAAGGUCUCAAGGCAAAUCUUAUUAGCAUCAGCCAACUCUAUGACAAUGACUUCACUGUAAGUUUCUCUAAAACUCAUUGUCUUGUUGCAACUAAUGGGUGCUCAGUCUUGACAGGUAAUAGAACCAGCGACAACUGCACGAAGCAAUCAAGCCUUAUGCAACAGAUCUUUUCUUGA